AAUCAAACAAAAACCCUUGGCCCCGACACCCAAAGGAAUCAAGCCUUUCGAACCCUAACCCCACAAUUCCUUUCGUUCACAGUCUCUUAUCUACUCUCUCCCUGGCUUUGUUACCGUUACACAUUUCUUAAACCUUCAUCCGGUGGAAAGUAUAAAAUCUUUGAUUUUCAAGUCGGUUGUCAAGAUAAUUUUUGUGGGUUUUCGCAAUGGAAUUAGUGAAAUCGUCCAGCUCUGAUUUAGGGUAUUUACAGAGAAAAAUGGCAUCUCUCGCCGGAGCGAUAGCUUUUGAAAGCCUUUUGGCUGCUGAGAUUUCUAUUGCUUGCCUUGUCAUGAUGAUGGGACUUCUGCUUCAAGAUGGAAGUACAUUGGCAAAUUUGAUUGGAAAUGAUCAAAGGUUUCCUUUUUCCGAGCUUAACAAGAAGAGCUCAACUGAACUUGAAGCAAAAGAUGGAAGUGACACAGAGGAUGAUGAUGAAGAAGAAGACAAUGAUGCAGAGGAGCCAGAAGAUGAUGCUGGAGAUGAAGAUUUCUCAGGUGAAGAAGAAGCUGGAGAUGAUGAUGAUGAUGAAGCUGAUGCUGAGGAGGAUCCUGCUACUAAUGGCAAUCAAGGUAGUGAUGAUGAUGAUGACGAUGAUGAUGAUGAAGAAGAUGAUGAUGAUGAUGAUGAUGAGGAGGAAGAAGAAGAGGAGGAUGAUGAUGAGGAAGAACAACCACCAGCUAAGAAGAGAAAGUGAAGCUACAUUUGUUGUUAGAUGGGGAUGUUUUAUUAUCACGUAUGGAGUAUGUAGUAGGAAUGGUUGACUUGUUUAUUUUAUUUUGGUUUUGUCUUUUUUUAAUUGUAGGAUAUUUAACAAUCUAAACCCUUGUUCCGAAUGGUUAUCGUGUUUUCAUAACUUUCAAUGCAUAAUUCGAGUUGGGGUUCGUGUGAA